UCGCGGUGUGUACGGAAGUGCUGCAGCGGCAUGGUCAGCCGUUCAGACUGAAAAUGUUGAAGCACGUUUUCCUGACGGGACCUCCAGGUGUGGGGAAAACCACGCUUGUCCAGAAGGCCUGUGAGGCUCUCGUCUCAUCGGGCGUGGGCGUCGAGGGUUUUUAUACAGAGGAGGUCAGGGGAGGAGGCCGGAGAGUCGGCUUUGAUGUUGUCACACUGACAGGAGAGAGGGGCCACCUGUCCCGAAUCAGAGACAUCGCCGGCGCGUCUCAUGGAGGACGGGAAUACACAGUUGGGCAGUACGUGGUUGAUUUACCUUCAUUUGAAAACCUGACCCUCCCCCUCUUCAGAAAUGUAGGGUCAGCUGCUGGGGGCAGUAGGAAGGUGUUUGUCAUUGAUGAGAUCGGGAAAAUGGAGCUCUUCAGCCAGUCGUUCAUCAGGGCAGUGAGACAGACUUUGGACAGUCCGGCCUGCACCGUCCUGGGCACCAUCCCCAUCCCCAAGGGUAAACCACUUGGCCUGGUGGAGGAGGUGCGAAGCAGGAGAGACGUCAAAGUCUUCACUGUGUCCAAAGAGAACAGAAAUGUCAUCUUGCAAGACAUUGUAUCAGCACUACAGGAGUGUCUAAAGGCCGCAACCUAAACAGGAGAAGGUUUUGUAUCAUUCAGGAGAAAACCUGCAAUCCCCAUGCAUCUUCAUAUUGAUAUUUUUUAAAAUUAUUUUUAUUUUAUUGCAUACACUGUACAUGAUGCAUACACUGUAUAUGUGCAAUGCAACAUUCACAUGCUUUUCGCAGCACAGUUGUAACCUAACCUGAGGGACAUUCACAUCAGCUGGGGGAUUUAGUGCAGUGUGUCACAUGCAUAAAUGUAUGCACACAACCUUUUUUUUUCUCAAAUACAACCUCAGAAUGGAUUGCAUGCUUAAUAAUUAAUUGUGAGUGAGAACACAGCAGAGGAAUUGGUUGGUUUGUAAAUAGAUAUUCUUUGCUCUUGAAAUCAAAGCCUGCUAGUUCUAAAAACUCCUCUUUAUUUGGCUGUUGUUCAUAAAAAUAUGAAAUUCCUACAGGCAUUUCACAUGCACCGGUGUAUAAUAUCAGCGUGUUCUCUAAGAUGAAUGGUGCGUCUCUUUUAAAGGCUCAGGCCGCACAAAAUGGUUCCUCUGGUCCCCCUUUUUCUUUGCAAUGUGAGCCUUCCAUGUAAGGGUCAUGUCAACCUGAGGAUGUGUUCAUGCAGUGAAAAUGAAUCAAUAUUUAACAAUGCAGGGGGCGGCAUGGCUCAGGAGGUAGAGCAGUUGUGCAGUCGUCUGCUAACCGUAUCCCUCAGUACCCAUGGCCGAAGUGCCCUUGAGCAAGGCGCUUAACACGCAAGUGCUCCAUGAUGGCGGCACAAGUGCAUCGGCUACUUCAGAUCCAAUUUACCACACACAGUUUUGUACCACCUGUAAUCUGUGUAAAUGGCUGAGGUGAUAUUAAAGUGAUUCUUCUCCUUCAACAAUAAUCAAUCUCCACAUGGUUUAGUCAUCAGCUAGUUUGGAAAAAAAAAAAAAACAUUGAUUGUCCUCCAUAUUUUUUCAAUUUUGAUGAUUUCAUGCAAGAAAGACUCUUCU